AUGUCGCGACUGAUCGUGAAGAACCUCCCGAAUGGGAUGAAGGAGGAGCGUUUCAGGCAGCUGUUUGCCUCCUUUGGCGCCCUGACCGACUGCAGCCUGAAGUUCACCAAAGACGGCAAGUUCCGUAAGUUUGGCUUCAUCGGCUUCAAGUCGGAGGAAGAGGCCCGAUCGGCACUGAACCAUUUCAACAGGAGUUUUAUCGACACAUCCCGGAUCGUGACCGUGCUGCCCCGGUCCACCUCACCGGUGCUCAAACUUCCUGCGUACGAUUCCCCUGGAGAGCUUUCUCCGCAGUUUCCGACUCAGCAGGAGGGUGGCCGCGAACCCAGGGCGGCCGUGCAGCAGGAACUGUCCGACAUGGACUACCUGAAAUCCAAGAUGGUCACGUCCGAGUCGCUGUCAUCCUCGGAGGAGGAGGGGAGCGAAGACGAAGCUGUCAGCUGUGCGGACGGGAGCGAGGCCAUCCGGCAAGAUGGAGGGGGGCGCACGGCUGGCCCGGAGCAGGACGCGCCGUCCAGGGACAAGAGGCCGGGGGCGGCCGGCGCUGAGGCAGACAAACCAGCAACCCAGAAGGAACCCACCACCCCCCACACCGUGAGGCUGCGGGGAGCCCCGUUCAACGUCACGGAGAAGAAUGUCAUGGAAUUCCUGGCCCCGCUGAGACCAGUGGCCAUUCGAAUAGUGAGAAAUGCUCACGGGAACAAGACAGGGUACAUCUUUGUGGAUUUCAGCAGCGAGGAGGAAGUGAAACAAGCUCUCAAAUGCAACAGGGAGUACAUGGGCGGGCGCUACAUCGAGGUGUUCAGGGAAAAGAACGCCCCCACGGCCAAGGGGCCCUUGAAGAACAGCGCCAAACCCUGGCCAGGCCGGACCCUCGGGGAGAACGAAGAGGAGGAGGACCUGGCCGACUCUGGGAGGCUCUUCGUACGGAACCUGCCCUACAGCAGCACCGAGGAAGACCUGGGACAGCUCUUCUCCAGAUUCGGUCCCCUGUCUGAGCUUCAUUACCCCAUUGACAGCCUGACCAAGAAACCCAAGGGCUUUGCCUUCGUCACCUUCAUGUUCCCCGAGCACGCCGUGAAGGCCUACGCGGAAGUGGAUGGGCAGGUGUUCCAGGGCAGGAUGCUACAUGUGUUACCGUCCACCAUCAAGAAGGAAGCCAGUGAGGACACUGAUACCUCAGGAUCAUCGUCUUAUAAGAAGAAGAAAGAAUCUAAAGACAAAGCCAACAGCUCCAGCUCUCACAACUGGAACACGCUGUUCAUAGGCCCUAACGCUGUGGCCGACGCCAUUGCACAGAAAUACAGCGCCACCAAGAGUCAAGUGUUUGACCACGAGACCAAGGGCAGUGUGGCCGUGCGUGUGGCCCUAGGGGAGACCCAGCUCGUUCAAGAAGUGCGGCGCUUCCUCUUGGACAACGGGGUCAGCCUGGACUCCUUCAGCCAGGCCGCAGCCGAGCGAAGCAAGACUGUAAUUCUGGUGAAGAACCUCCCGGCGGGCACCCUGGCGGCCGAGCUGCAGGAGACCUUCGGCCGAUUCGGCAGCCUGGGCCGAGUGCUGCUGCCCGAGGGCGGUGUCACUGCCAUCGUGGAGUUCCUGGAGCCCCUGGAGGCCCGGAGGGCCUUCAGGCAUCUGGCCUACUCCAAGUGUCGCCACGUGCCCCUGUAUCUGGAAUGGGCUCCGGUGGGCGUCUUCUCCAGCUCCGCCCCGCAGAAGAAGGAACCCCGAGACCCCCCAGCAGGACCUGCGGAAGAGGGCGCGGCGGAGCCGGAAACCUUGCCAGACAACGAGACCCCGGAAGGUGAAAAGCCAACAGAGAGAGGAGCUGAGGACGCUCCAGUGAAAGAGGAAGAAGAGGAGGAAGAGGAGGAGGAGGAGGAGGAGAGCACCCCCGGGUGUACCCUGUUUAUUAAAAAUCUCAACUUUGCCACGACCGAGGAGACCCUGAAGGAAGUGUUUUCCAGAGUGGGAAUGGUGAAGAGCUGCUCUGUUUCCAAGAAGAAGAACAAAACAGGAGAGCUGCUCUCCAUGGGAUUUGGGUUCGUGGAAUACAGGAAGCCGGAGCAGGCCCAGAAAGCUCUCAAGCAGCUCCAGGGUCACAUCGUGGACGGCCACAAGCUGGAAGUGAGGAUCUCGGAACGAGCCACGAAGCCAGCUCUGACGUCCGCUCGGAAGAAACAAGUGCCCAGAAAGCAGACGACCUCAAAGAUCCUGGUGCGCAACAUCCCCUUCCAGGCCGACAGCCGGGAGAUCCGAGAGCUCUUCAGAUCCAUUCUCUGUCCUGCUGUACCCCGGAAGGUGUCCCUGGGGGACCUGGCCCUCUGGCUUUACAAAGGGAAUGGGCCAAUGGGAGACCCGGGGGAGAGUAGAGGCCCUGGGGACGGGACGACGGGGGAGUGGCAGGACCGCACCUGCCCCCGUGCGGGCCGCGGGGGCAGCCGAUACUCGGAGACGGCAGAUCCCGCAGAAACGCUUGUGGCCGAGGCUUUCCGCUGGGAGCCCCCGAAGAAAAAGCGGUCUGUGAUGUUGGACGAGAUCCUGGAGCAGCUGGAAGACAGUGAAAAUGACAGUGAGGAGCAAACCCUUCAGCUGCGAGCUGGCACCGAGAGGGGGAACGAGUGUGGCAACGGGGGUGAGGGCAGCUCCCUGCAGCCGGGCCGUCUGGGCACGAGGCCCCCGCUCCACGCUGCAGAGGCUGGGGACCCCGGCCCAGUUACCUGA